AUGGGCCAAGAAACUAAGCGCAUGAUUGACCUUGAGGGCGGCGUGUCGGAAGUUGUGCAGGCUGAUGUGACAGAUGAGGAAAGUUGCAAGAAUGCCGUGGCCAAGACAGUUGAGCUGUUUGGAACUGUGAAUAUCCUUGUGAACAUCGUCGGAGUUGGCGGUGCCAUGGGAGAUGCUACUAAGCUCGAUCUUGCAGCCUGGGAGCGCGAUUUCAAAAUCAAUGUCACAAGCAUGGUCUUGAUGAGUCGCCAUGCCAUUCCCAAAAUGAGGAAAAAUGGACGAGGUGCAAUUGUCAAUAUGUCCUCAGAGGCAGUUCUCGGUGGAAACCCCAGUCUCUUGUACCCCACGACCAAGGGGGCCAUUAUCCAAAUGACCCGUGCCAUGGCUGCCCAGCAUGGCCCUGAAAAUAUCAGGGUUAACUGCGUUUGCCCGGGAAUGGUCUUUACCCCAAUGGUACGAGGCAGAGGCAUGACGGAUAUGAUGCGCCAGGACCGUAUCAACCAGAACCUUUUGAAGCAGGAAGGCACAGGGUGGGACGUUGGUUAUGCAAUCCUCUUCCUCUGCAGCAAGGAGGCUAAAUGGGUCACUGGCUUGAUUAUGCCUGUUGAUGGCGGCACCACCGCAGGAAAGACAAACAGACCAGCUCUGAAGGCUGAUACUCUCGCAGAGGAGAACACGAUGAUUCCCAACAAUUCUUAA